UUUCCCCCCCCCACUAUCUCCACUCUCUCUCUUUCUUCAGCUUUUGUCUCAACGCAAUAAUGCUAUGAACCAGACAACCACCCACCGCUUCCUCACUUUAGUGGCAACUGGCAAAGAGUUAAAAAAACUAUAAAGCAGUGUUAUCUGUUCCAUUCUCAUUCCCCAUUUCGAACCACACAACCAACCAUGGCUUCGUUUCACACUUCAACUCUCUUGGUUCUCUUUCUCAGUACUCUCUGCAUCCAUGCUACACCGGAGAACAAGGGUACUUACAUAGUACACGUGGCUAAAUCUGAAAUGCCGGAGAGCUUCGAGCACCACGCGGCGUGGUACGAAUCGUCGCUGCAAUCUGUGUCUGAUUCAGCUGAAAUGCUCUACACCUACGACAACGCCAUUCAUGGAUUCUCCACCAGGUUGACGCCGGAGGAAGCGCGUUUGCUGGAGGCGCAAACCGGGGUUCUGGCGGUGCUGCCGGAGAGGAAGUUUGAGCUUCAUACAACCAGGACUCCUCUGUUCCUUGGCCUCGAUAAGAGCGCUGACAUGUUCCCUGCCUCUGGUGCUGGCGGCGAGGUUAUUGUCGGUGUUCUCGACACCGGUGUCUGGCCGGAGAGCAAGAGCUUCGACGACACCGGGUUUGGACCAGUUCCCAGCACCUGGAAAGGUGAGUGCGAAUCGGGUACGAAUUUCACAGCGGCGAAUUGCAACAAGAAGCUGAUCGGAGCGAGGUACUUUUCAAAGGGCGCUGAAGCCAUGUUGGGUCCGAUUGAUGAAACGGCGGAGUCUAAAUCUCCACGUGACGACGACGGCCACGGCACCCACACCGCGAGCACCGCCGCGGGCUCGGUUGUUUCCGGGGCGAGUCUCUUCGGUUAUGCUGCCGGAACGGCGCGUGGAAUGGCCCCACACGCUAGAGUCGCGGCUUACAAGGUGUGCUGGAAGGGAGGUUGUUUCAGCUCCGACAUCUUAGCCGCCAUUGACAAAGCCAUAGCGGAUAACGUCAAUGUUCUCUCCCUCUCCCUUGGCGGAGGCAUGGCGGAUUACUACAGAGACAGCGUCGCGAUUGGAGCAUUCGCUGCCAUGGAGAAAGGUAUCCUCGUGUCCUGCUCCGCCGGAAACGCAGGUCCCAGUGCCUACAGUCUCUCCAACGUGGCGCCAUGGAUCACCACCGUGGGAGCUGGCACACUAGACCGUGACUUCCCGGCGUUGGUUGAACUCGGGAACGGGCUAAACUACUCCGGCGUGUCACUCUACCGUGGCAACUCCUUACCGGAUAAUCCUCUACCGUUUGUCUACGCCGGAAACAUCAGCAACACCACCAACGGGAACCUCUGCAUGAUGGGGACAUUGUCACCGGACAAAGUCGCCGGGAAGAUUGUCAUGUGUGACAGAGGAAUGAAUGCUAGGGUGCAGAAAGGGCAGGUGGUGAAAGGCGCCGGAGGAUUAGGCAUGGUGCUAAGCAACACCGCCGCGAACGGCGAGGAAUUGGUGGCUGAUGCUCAUCUUCUGCCGACUUCCGCCGUGGGUGAGAAAGCAGGUAACGCUAUUAAAAAGUACCUAUUCUCCGAUCCAAAAGCGACGGUCAAGAUUCUCUUUGAGGGAACAAAGGUGGGGAUUCAGCCAUCACCGGUGGUUGCAGCUUUCAGCUCCCGUGGUCCCAACUCCAUCACACCGCAAAUCUUGAAACCCGAUCUGAUCGCGCCAGGUGUCAACAUCUUAGCGGGGUGGUCAAAAGCAGUGGGUCCUACCGGAUUAUCAGUAGACAACAGGCGCGUCGAUUUCAACAUAAUCUCUGGCACUUCCAUGUCCUGCCCUCACGUGAGUGGCUUAGCCGCGCUGAUCAAGUCGGCUCACCCGGAAUGGAGCCCAGCCGCUGUUAGAUCAGCUCUCAUGACCACGGCUUACACAGCUUACAAAAACGGAGAAAAGCUCCAAGACAGCGCAACAGGAAAACCCUCUACACCGUUCGAUCAUGGUGCUGGACACGUGGACCCUGUUGCAGCCGUUAACCCAGGUUUAGUCUACGAUCUAACGGUGGAUGAUUAUUUGAAUUUCCUCUGCGCGCUGAACUACACAGCAACUGAGAUAACAACCUUGGCAAGGAGGAAAUUCCAGUGUGACGCGGGGAAGAAAUACAGUGUGACCGAGCUUAACUACCCUUCGUUUGGUGUGGUGUUUGAGAGUGGGGCCAGUGUAGUUAAACACACGCGGAGUCUGAGUAACGUGGGGCCCGCGGGUACGUACAAGGCUUCCGUGACGAAAAAUAACCCAUCCGUGAAAGUCUCGAUUGAGCCGCAAGUGUUGAGUUUCAAGGAGAGUGAGAAAAAAUCGUAUACGGUCACGUUCACGUCCUCGGGUUCUGCACCACAGAGGGUGAAUGGGUUUGAACGGUUGGAAUGGUCUGAUGGGAAGAAUGUGGUUGGAACACCUAUCUCAAUUAGUUGGGAAUGAGUGAUAAUUGAUUAUUGAUAAGUUUGAUCAAUGGUUCAUCACUCACUCGAAGAGGGGUGUGUCUUGAUUAGCUUGUGAUUUUAGUAUAUUUAAGAAAUAUAUCUAUUGAAUUUAGUGGACAAGAUGAUGAUAAUUGGGUUUGGACUUUACUCAUGAAUUCAGCUGGGGAUUAGUGUUUGGUUGGUGUUUGUUCUCUGGGGGAAACUGUGAGGGAAAUAAAUGUUUCUCUUGUGUAUUUUUUCCAGUGUACAUACAGUGUUCUAAUCAUUGCUGAAUAUGACCAUUAAUCUUUUCUGCUA